AUGGCCGGCCAUCAUCACGCUUCCAUCUUUUCCUUGGCGUUAUGUAUCCUUUUAGGAUUCGCCUUUCUUCUUCCUGGAACCAACGCCACCGCUUUAACCUAUAAUGUAGCCGCUAACGAAGAAGCUUGCUUCUACGCAUGGGCCGAUGCUCCUGGCAAAAAAGUUGGAUUCUACUUUGCUGUUCAAGCUGGCGGUGCAUUUGAUAUUGAUUACAAAGUGACCGAUCCUCGCGGUAAAGUUGUCUUGAGCAACCAACGCGAACGACAGGGCGACUAUGUGUUCACGGCCAACUUUGUGGGAGAGUAUUCUUUCUGUUUCUCCAAUGACAUGUCAACGGUCACGGAAAAACUGGUCGACUUUGAGAUUACCGUGGAAAACGAAGUGCGACCCAGUUUCCAGAAGGAGACUGCCAACUCGCAAGCCCCGGAAUUGUCAUCCAUGGAGGAAAUUCUUUUCCGCUUAUCGAGAUCGUUGACGGAUAUUUCGCGUAGACAAAAGUAUAUCCGCACCCGCGAAAACCGUAACUCGAGCACUGUGUAUUCGACGGAAAGCCGCAUCUUCUGGUUCUCUCUUUCCGAAAGUGCCGCCAUUAUCGCUAUGGCCGCAUUGCAGGUGUUUGUGGUUAGAAAUUUCUUCAAUGUCAAGAAAGGAGGUGUAUAA